AUGUCUUCUUCUUGGGAGGACUCUUCUCCGCCUUCGAAUCGGCCUCCCGAGCUCGAGCAAACUCUCCUCCUCCAUCGCCUUGUCCUCAGCUGCCUCUUUUUCACCCACUACUUCGAUGAGCAUGAGCACAUUUUGAGUCCAGUCGAGUACUGGACCAAUCACAGGGGUCGAAAUAGCCUUGCCAAAUUCUUGGACCAUUUUGUUGAAGUGAUCAAGAAGCGCUGGCGGCGCGGUGGGAAAUUGCAAACGAGGGAAGAAGUCAUGGUCCCAGAUUUUGCGCAUCUCUUCUUGCAGCUCUUCCUCGACGACUUGAAUGAUUUCACUGCGGGCAGCAGUGCGAGCUUAUGCAGCAUCUUGGUCCAACGUGAAGUUGCCUUGGACGAUGAGGCGCAUUACGCCUUCUUCAUACUCCACUUCAGAGUCGAAACGUUUGUGGUCGGUGUCAAGAACUUCUCCAUCUUCUCCCAAGUAGCGAUACUCGGGGCAAUACUCGUCCGGGAAUUGCACAAUCUGCACCUGGGUGUGACAGAAGAAAGAAAUAUAGUGGGAUGUUCUUUCCAACCCAAGCGCCAAAGGAAUCUGCCAUUGUGCAAUCAAAAAGAGCAAUCAAGUGAAAAUUUAUGCAGAGUUUCUGUUGUAAAGAUUCGGUUUGGUGGAAAGUGA